UAACUCGCGGUCGCGAGUCGCACGGCAGCCGCUGCGUGAGGCGGAUCGUUCUUUAUCCCGCAGUAUCACGAUCUCAGCUAACCCGAUACAAUCGCGGUCUCCGGUCAAAAUUACGCUGCUUUCGUUGUUGUUAUCGGAAAGAGUCGACUUUGAGAAGAUAAAACGAUCGUACGACAGUGUUUUUUUUUAAAUCUUGCGGAAGCUUUAAAUUGCUCGUAUCAUCUUGCGUGACUAUUGUCAUUCCAACUUAUCAGAGUUUAUCGAUGUUAAGUGAUAAAUAAGGUUUAGUAAAAGAUCCUACUUCAGACUCUUACUUCGUUCACCGAUAUUUUCAUCGAUAGACGAGUGAACAUUAUUUGAUCAGUAAUUCCGAGACGUGUUUCUAAAUUUUAGAUGCGUUUAUUGAUAGAUUAUCACGUGUAGUGGUCAAUACGUGGAUCGUGGAUCGAUCGAAAGAUACUAAUUUUGAAGGAAUUGCAUUACUGAUUCAGGGUCGUUGAACCGUUGAGAUCUUUGAUCUCGCGUGUCGACAGUUUCUUUCGACAAAGGAUCACGUUUACUCGAGUACUCGUAACGCGAGCGAUCGUUUUUGAUCGCGUUAACGAUCGGUUAACGAUAGAAGCGUAUGUCAAUGUCACCCUCGAGAUCGAACGGCUACAGUGUCGCAUGCAGCGCAUGGUGUCAGAAAGUGUGGUUAGGUUGUUCCUGAAAGUAUCACGGUUCAGGAGAAGUGAAGGGAGCUGAGUGGAACGAAUUCCAUUGGUUUGUGAAGUUUGGCAACGCGAACUCGGUGCCAAGCAUGAUUUUCACCGGCAGGUCGGUGGACGCCCUCGACGAAGUUCGCGGUAGCAACGUGCAGACGGACAACCGUCGGGACGUUAGCGCCGUCGCCAUAGCCGCAGGAUGGUUUUCCAGUUUGCGCAGACCCGGCAAAAGGAACAAGAAGGGUUACCAAAAGCAGGCCAAGAGCACAUGGGACCUUAGCACAUUAUCUAUGCAACUGAAAGAUGAGCUGGGCGAAGUGGUGGCCGAGAUGGAAGCGAUGGAGGGCGGCGGUCUCGCGGCCGACGAGACCAAGCCGUCGAACAAGGCGAAACAGACGUCGAUCGGCCGUAAGAAGUUCAACAUGGACCCUAAGAAGGGAAUCGAGUACCUGAUCGAGCACAAUCUGCUGGCCCCGACGCCCGAGGACGUCGCCCAGUUCCUUUACAAGGGCGAGGGCCUGAACAAAACCGCGAUCGGUGACUACCUCGGCGAACGACACGACUUCAACGAGAGGGUGUUGCGAGCGUUCGUCGAACUGCACGAUUUUACAGACCUGAUCUUGGUACAAGCUCUUCGACAGUUCCUCUGGUCGUUCAGAUUACCCGGUGAGGCGCAGAAGAUCGACCGGAUGAUGGAGUGUUUCGCGCAAAGGUACUGCCAGUUGAACCCGAACAUAUUCACGAACACGGACACCUGUUACGUGCUCAGCUUCGCCAUCAUUAUGUUGAACACGUCGCUGCACAAUCCGAGCGUCAAGGAUAAACCCAGCGUGGAACAGUUCAUUUCCAUGAACCGUGGCAUCAACAAUGGCGGCGACCUACCUCGCGAACUCCUUGUGAGCUUAUACGAAAGUAUAAAGACGGAACCGUUCAAGAUACCGGAAGACGACGGGAACGAUCUGAUGCACACGUUCUUCAACCCUGACAAGGAAGGCUGGCUCUGGAAGCAAGCAGGCGGACGCUACAAGAGCUGGAAGAGACGAUGGUUCAUAUUAAACGACAACUGUUUGUAUUACUUCGAGUACACGACCGACAAGGAGCCACGAGGCAUCAUUCCGCUGGAAAACAUUCAGGUCAGAGAGGUGCAGGAUCGGCACAAGCCGCAUUGCUUCGAGCUAUACGCCGCCGGCUCUGAGUUCAUCAAAGCGUGCAAGACGGACAGCGAGGGAAAAGUUGUCGAAGGCAAACACACGGUGUACAGAAUGUCUGCGGCCACGGACGAAGAGAAAGAAGAAUGGAUCAAAUGCGUGCGGCAGAGCAUAUCGCACAAUCCCUUCUACGAUAUGCUUGCAGCCAGGAAAAAGAAGGCGCAAAAGACAAACGUACAUUCGAAGAGUUAAACUUUACCAUGGACACAGCUUCUAGAGAAGCCUGGCGAGACACAAGACUGUCUAUUCACGAGCCUACGUCCCUAUCAGGAUCGUGAAAUACAAUCAAACUAAUCUAUACGGAAGUCCAUCCGACUGCGCUGAUUUAGCAGAAGACAUACAGAUGUCCGCUUCACCUGUUGAUGAAUGUUCGUCAAUGUAGUUUAAGCGACACGCAAGACACAGGGACAAAUACGAAAGGAAGGGGAAAACGAUGCUAUUGAUUGAGGAUCGUUCGACAUUAUGUUUUGUAUAAGAAUUUACGCUGCGUUUUAGGGGCCUAGAUGUGUAUUAUUUAAACAGAUUUCGACGAUAGACACGAAACGUUUCCCUAAAGGAUGAACGAGUAGAGAGAGAGAGAGAGAGAGAGAGAGAGAGAGUGAGAGAGAGAGAGAGAGAGAGAUGUUGAAAGCUGUAGCAACUUUGAAGGUAGUAAACCGUAUACACAUCCAACGAUCUCGUCGACGGUGCUGGACAAGUUCGAAUUAGACGCGAAAAGACUACUUUUUCUUUUCGUAGAAUUCGCAAAAAGAUAGGUAAAAGAUGUUCUGAGGGAAGCUUCGGCGGAAUGUUUGGAAAAGUUCAUAGAAGAAUAUGACGCGUGUAGCUUAUCGAUCGAUGGGAUGAUAGAUUCGUCCGGAACAAAGAAGAGACAAUUUUGGAAAGAGUGAAAUCUUUCUUAUUUUCUGGCAGCUUUAGAGAAUUACCGAAACUCGAUAUUGCUUCGAGCAAUCCAAAUAUGCGUACAAUAUUUAUUUUAUACGGAACCCUCGCGCGUGACAAUGCCGUUUCGCGUUCUUUGCAAGAAAGAAGAAGAACCGGAGGUUCUUUACCUCCAACCGAAGGUGAUUAGGAAGUGUAAUGGAUCAAAGACUUUACAUACAAUUAUAAACGAACAUUAAACGCGAGAACGAAUUGGUAAGACGCGUGCAUUAAUGUGAUAGUUGUGUAUUUAUUUGAGAGAAGAAUGAAAAAUGUAUAGAUAAGACUAGUUCAAAACGUUUCCUCGAUAUGCCAGAAAUCAUCUUAAACUGUACAUUGUCGUACAGUUUGUAAGUAUGGCAUGUUAGCCAAUUACGUGACAGUAGGCUAGGACGAUUUGCGUUUUUUUCGUUUGAAUUAUAUAUAUAUAUAAAUAUAAAUAUAUACAUAUAUAUAAAUAUACAUAUUACGCACGAGACGCGUAACUUUGUGCAUUAUAUAUAUCGCAAUAUAAUAGUUAUGAUAGUACGCGAAAGUUAAAUAGUAACUUGAUAAGAUCCAAUUAAGAGCCUGCAUCCUGACAGUAUUUAAAUUCUCGCAACAAAAAACUGAAAUGUAAGCUUAAUUUACAGAAGCGUGAAUCCGCGUUAUCUACGAAAUUCAUACAUUUGUUAUUAUGCGUUAAAAGUAACUUAUUCGUCUAGGUUAUUCUUCCUGCUUUUUCAUUUUUAAAUGAUUUAGGUAAAGAAAAAUAUAUCACGAUAGAUCUUUCGAAUACAUUUGAUAAUGAUCUUUGUAGAUAACCGCAACGUUUUUUAUAUUACAAAGUGUAUCGAUUGUCGCUAGUCAAGCUCUUUCUACUUAUCGAGCCUUUUUUUACAGGAAAUAGCGCAUUUCAAAUGUUCAAAUGUUCAAAUGUUCAAAUGUUUAUUUGUUAUUAAGUAGUUGCCGAAGCAGAUUUUACACUACUCGCUAUUGUUCUCCGAUUCUAGUUUAAGAAAUCGUACCGAUCCGUCUUCGUGUCGCAAUUUCUAAACGUAGGUCCAUCUUAGCGAUUACCUAGCGAGCUUAAAUCAUAAUCGUACCAAUACAUAGAGGAAAGACAAGAAGAUAAAAAGGAAAGGCAAAGAUGCGGGUGCCUUUGAGAUCUUGUUCAAGCUAGUCGUAACAAUUAAUCCGUCAUAUGCAAGGAGCAUGUAAUAGAACUCCAGGAUUAAUUAUGUUCUCUUUUUUUUUCUUGCUACAUACGAGAGAGUCAGACAUCGAAGAAGCCUUAUUAUACAUACAUUAAAUAAUGAAACGCAGAAGUAAUUAUAUAGGGCCAAGACUAAUAGGAUAUAAGUUUUUUAACGUCACGCUACUCAUGGUAGGAUGUAUAACUGUUCCGCGAGACAGUAAUUUGUACCCAAUUGUAGUUUUCGAAGAAACGUACUAUUUCUAUUCGACUAUUGGACAGACAAUUGAUUCGUGGUUACCGACCCGUCCUUGAAUCAUCUUUGUACAGACUAUUUUCUCUUUUUUCUUUCCUUUCUUCAACUGCCUGCAACCACAUUAUACAAACAAUUCGAGGGACACCACGUUGGUCAUUAUUCGUCUGUAAUAUUUAUCCAACAACGUCGAUGAUUCCUUCCUUCCGCAAUGCUACAGUAACGAUAGAUGUAAAAAAAAACUGGUCACGCAUUGUUAAGGAGUUGUGUAAAGUUAGUUUAGGAGAAUUGCUUAACGUGUUCACAUCCUUCAUAUCAUGUUUCCUUGAAGAAUUGUUUGUAGGUUGAUGUAAUAUAAUUUGUACUUUAUUUGGGGAAAGAUUGAUUAAUUACAUUUACUAUUACACCAAGUUAUUAAAAUAACACGCCGAUGUGCAGAGAUGUAAAAUUGUUCGAAUACCUAUUUUAAAAAGAGUAACGAUACGACUUACGAGAAAUGUUUUCAUAAAAAAUAAAGUGAUAAGAAAAAAAAUCAAACCGAAAAAUGUGUAAAGUUAUAAUUUAGUCUAAAAUACUCUAAUCAAAACGAUUGAUUGAAUUCGAAAAUAAGAGAGCACAAAUUUUGUUUCUUGAUAAAGAAUUCGUCAAGUGAUAAAAAUGAUGCACACUUGCAAGUAAUAAAACUUGUGUAUUAGUAACGUGAUUCAUUCAAUCUAAGAAUUGUAUAAAGAAAACUGUAUUUUACAGUGCAGAAUUGUAUAUUUCGUUGUAUAUUAUUUUCACUCGAUAAUUGUUAUGUAUUCAUACUGAUCUGUGUACUGUAUUUACGAUCUUAUAUGUAUUAAUUUAAACGUAAUUAAUAAAUAUUUCCAUUUCGUAAAAAA